AAAUCAUCUUUCAUCUGAUACUCUUUCUAGAAUUGGUCAAAUUAAAAAUGAACUUCAAAAGGCUAUUUCUGAAGAGCAUAGCACUUCUUUAUCUAGUGAAGAAACUUAUAAUCAAGAGAUGCAAAUCAACGAUGAAGAAGGGGAAUGGUCUAUUGAAGAUAUUAUCUCUCAAGAUUUAUA